ACUGCACAGAACAGUGCAACUUCUAACACGGUCAAACCUUUUCCAAAUCUCACCAAAGGCGAUCGCCCUCUAAGCAUUUUUUCUACACCAUGGCCGUUCUCUCUUGAAUAUCGUUUUAGAAUGGAGAAUUGAUCGAUCUUUUUCUGCUUUUUUGUCAGUGUAUGGGAGCUUGUAGGUCGCGCAAAAGAAGUCACGUACCAUUUAGAAAUUCAAAUCGCCUCUUCUUUUAGACAUUAGUGGAGUGGUCUUGUAAAGCUAGCAAUCCUGGCGGCUCUUGAAGUGGAUAGCAUGAACCAGGGCAAUAAGCUCAAAAGGAAGAAGAAAAACCAUGGGCCGGGCAACCCGUCGAAAAGACAUCGGGACAGACUAAAUGCAGAGUUGGACAAUUUAGCACGUUUGCUGCCCUUCCCCGAGGAGACUGUCACGAAAUUGGACAAAAUAUCCAUUCUACGACUGACAGUCAGCUAUCUAAGGGCCAAAAGUUUCUUCCAAGUGAAUGGUAAAAAUGGGCAGGAGGAGACAUGUGAGGAUCUUGUACGGGAAUUUGAAGGCAAUGGUUUAUUCUCACAGCUCUCUCUCGAGGCAUUAGAUGGGUUUAUAGUUGUGAUAACGCAAGAUGGACAAUUAUUCUAUGUCUCAGAGAAUGUGCGGGACUUCCUGGGUUAUUCACAGGCGGCAGUUAUUCAUCAGAGCAUUUACAAGUUUCUACACAUUGAUGACCAGGAUAUGGUCAAGCUGAAGCUGGCUUGGCCAAGCAGUGUCUCCAAAGAACUUGGGAAGUGUGAUAGUGAAACAAGGCGGAGAGACUCUGUCUCUGGAAAACAAGAAAAUGGCAAAGUGUCCGAGCUCACUGACCUGGAAAAGCUGAAUCGGACGUUCACCUGCCGCAUGAAGUGUACACUGAACCAUGGUGGAGGCUUCUACAAGUUGUUCAAGCUGAGCGGUAGACUGCGUGAGAUCCAGACGAGGAAACGCGACGGGGACGUGGUAGAGUACGGUUUGUUUGCCAUUUGUUCCCCCUCUAACAAUGCUAGCAGCACUACUAACGGCUCGUCCAACAAGAAGGAAGUCGCCAUCACAGCACAGAAGAGAUUAGAGAGAACCAGCAGCGACCCUCUCGGUCAGAGGCGAAACGCGUACAACCCGCACGCUAUGAUGAGACCCGCACACAUAGGCCCCUUCCUGUAUCCCGACUCGCGUGCCCCGUUUAGUCCGCUGGCCUCACCUACCGCAUCCUCGGAUUCGGGUCACCCGUCACCCGGAUCCAGCCAAACUGGAAAAACCGGUUCUUUGGACCAAGAAAUGCGCAGUGACAUGAGUGACCAGUCUUCGUCGCCCAAGUCGGAGAUGGAAGCACGCGAGAGGAUUAUUGCGAUAAACAAGGCCAGGAUGCAGUACGUCCGCGGAGACCGUAAGAUGAAAGGGGCCAACUUUACCGACGGCUCAUCGACAGGCUCUGAGGAAGACUCUCCAGCUUGGAAGCGAUCACGAAGUCUAGCCGACGCCUCCGAACUCGAAGCUAUGCGCAACAUUCGGCCAUUCGGGAUCGGUGCGGGAACGCCUCUGCCACCGAUAGCUGAGCUUAAAACGGAGCCAAAGUCUGAAGGGAAUGGGGCCACUAACGGAGGGACUGAGACGUCACGCGCUAAAACGGACCUCACGCGAAGGCCACUGAGCUCCUACGACAACAGACUGGAUGCGGCCGGGGGCCUGGUAAACCUUGCGGGAAUGCCGAUCCCGUUUCCCGGGAUGUACCCGUUUCCGGAAAUGAUUUAUCCCGAAAUGAUGUUCCCGCGCAUGGAUGCAAUGCACUCGCCACUGGACGUGUCCCGCGGGCACAACCCAUUUGACCCGCACAACCCAUUCGACCCGCACAACCCUUGCUGCAUCACGAACGACCCGCUGGCCAUGAGGCGAUGGCUGAGUGCAAGCGAUUUGUACCGAUCACAGAUGAACCCGCUCCUCGCGGCCCAGACCAGUCUCAUGUCGCCCGUCGACCGGAUGCGCUACUUCCAGUUCCCAUUCCACUACGCGGGCUACCCGUUUCCGGGCCCCGGACCGUUUGGGAUUGCCGCGGGAUUCGGCGAUCGACAUCUUGCCGAGCUGGAGGCGAUGCGAAGGCGAGGGGAGGUGCAAGAACAAGCAACGCCUACUACAAAAGAGGCACCCGCGGAUUCCGAGCACUCGACUUUUGCGGCUGAGACAGCGCCGAGAUCGCCGAAGUCUGUGUCGCCUUCCGGAGAGGUCCAAGUCAAGAAGGAAAAUGAUGCCGAGCAAAAGCCGACACAUCCACGAAGGGAAAAUGAGAAGACUACGAUCGCUUACGGGCAAGCCGAAGAUGAACCGAGCGAGAGAGAGAAGUCGGCGUCGCCGUACCGGGUGAGUCUGACGGGGAUUCAGGCAGAGUUCUCAAGUCGCCUUGAAAGUCUCAACAAGUCCUUCACGCAGUCCUUCGAUCACGAGAUGGGAAAAGAAGAUAAGUAGAGUUACUUGUAGUCCACAGUUAAUUACUUGUAGUCCAGAUUUAGCUUUGAAUUUACUAGGCUUGAAUCCAGUAUAAUCGUCUGCCAUGUUUGUGGCUUCCUGUGGUAAAAUUGCCAGACUCGUAACCUGUCGCCUAGUGAUGCGCGAAGAGCAUUAUGGGAGCUUGAUCUUCCCAUGGUGCUUUUGGCGCGAUUGUGUUUGGAGACUGGUUAUUAGUUUGGAACAAGGCUGAAGAAUUUUUUUUUUGCUUGCGAGAAUGACGAGAAUUACAAAAAUCAUUGUUUCCUAUGGCAUUUGAGAUAUGCGAUGACUAAUCUAUGAUUAGCUCGGGUACGUGACGUACAUACCAUUUGCAGUCAUUCACCUUAGAUCAGAGUCUUGCUACGCCUGUAGGAAGUAAACCUUCCAGGUCGGUAGAAUAAACAUAAGUGUCUAAUAAUACUCGCCAUAAUCUUAAAAUAGUAAUGUAGUAUAAAUAGUUUAUUUGAUAGUGAGAUGUGGACGAGUAUGAAUUGUAUAGUUAGAUUAAUAGGUCUUAUGACGUGAAUUUAUAUCUGCGAGGAACGCAGGAUUACUUGCUACCACAUGUACUUCUUGGAGGUGUGAAGGGGAUGAUUGAAUUUAUGCUCGCUUGUAUGAUACGGGGUUCCACAUUGUUCAAUUCUGGGUAACCCUAUGGCUUUGGGUAACAACCAUGUUCACGCCGCACACGUAGCCCAACAUCAAUAGAGACAAAUAUAGUGCUUGAGCCACCUGUGUUGUUACCGUGUUGUCAAUAUGGGGAUACUGUCAACAAUUCGUAAGCUUUUCAGAAAAUCAUUUUUAUGGAGAUUUUUCGGGUAUUGUGGUCACGCCCAGUCUUGAAAACAGUUUGGAGUCCCCAGUGGAUCUUUCCUGAGACCGAAAAAUAGCCAGCGUAUUGACGCUGCCACAUGUGCUUCUUAUGACGAUGUGACGAGAGUCGAGUUGACUCAACCGCUAGUACUUCUUAAAGAUCGACAGUUAUCAGCUCCCUCGGGCGUUGUGGCCCGAUUUUAUGUACGCGAUUAACGAAGAGAAUGUUAUGAUUCUUGUGGGGUUCUUCGGAGCAGCCAUCGUUUCUCUAAUGACUUAUUGUUUCGGGAAAACUCCUGAUACAUCUCCUUUAGCAGCAAACAAUGACUGAACAAACGGACAAUGCAAAAGCGGUGAGAUUUUGGCAAUCAUAGCCAAUAGUCAAACCUUAAUUAAAACUACAGUAUAGUUAAUUUUUUUUUCGUGCACCUGGAGUCUGUUUUUAAAUCCCGUCUGAAUUCCUUGUGCAGUGAUGAUAGAGUUAACAGAGACAUUUAGCAUCGCGUUUUCAGAAUCAGCCGCAAACGGCAAACCGCGGUUAGCCGUUACCGGUUUGCGGUUUGACGUACUGGCAAAAACGUAGUUUUAGGAAAAAGUGCAAAGUGGAAAAUGUAAAUGAAAAUAUAUUAUUUCAAGAGUCAAAUGAUUAAGAACACUAAUUCAUGGUCUCAAACGUGAGCUCAUGACUUACUUAGGUAAAUCACUUACCGCUAGACGGUGCUCCUGAGGUCAAAACGCGAACCGCAGACUGCGAACUUGACCGCAAGGCCUUGCCACGUGACACCCAGAGGUUUGACGUUUGCCGUUUCAGAGAAAAAAUGCUAAAUGUCUCUAAUCAAAUUGUUCAGCCUUUAAAGUGCCCCGCUAGACAAAUAGUCAGCGGUCGUCACGAGCGGUGCGUAUGGCGCGUCUUUUCUUAUAGGCUUCAAGUCGUAAGUUCUAGAAUUUUCUUUAGUUGUUUUUGGUUUGAUGUCUUGUGACCACUAUAGAGAGCAAAGGAAAGCCUCAAAAUGACGCGUAAACGGCAAUACCUAAGGCAAACAGGACCAUCGUUAAACCAUACUUGAUCAUCGCUAAACUAUUCUAUCCCCCGUGACAAGGAAGACUAAACACGACCAACAUAGCGCUUCCCCCUAGGGCUGCCGCAAUUAAAAUUAAAACGAGCCAUGGGAUCUUCCUGUAAUCAACUCUAUUGUAUUAAAGAUAAAAGUAUAAAUUUGAAUAUAUAUAAUUUUAGAGAGCUGAGCUCUUAGAUAGUCUUGGUGAUUUUUUUCGUAAAAGUGUUCUUAGUCUCGCGGGCUUAGAGUUCGCUUCAUAUUAUUGACAUUGUGUGUAUAUUCGCCAUUAGUUUACCAAAAAGAUAUAUAUACGCGUCUGUUAAUUAGGCCCAGUACCCAGCUAUUACUCCAUUGUCUUUAGAAUGCUAUAGCUUUGUGUGUUUCGUUGGGUCCCAGUGCAGUCUGGGAAAUCUAACUCUGGGUGCCAGGGGCUUUUCGGCCUUCCGUCGACAUUCGUUCGUAGCGUUAUCGGGUUUUCGGCGGUGCGGGAAUCCCUGGGACCCAGGGCAGUCAGGCUUUGUACGAUUUCUGAUCCCAGUGAUUUUGGCCUGGACCUUUCGUGAGAUAAUUAAUCGUCGGUCCAUUAAAGCAGCGAAAUCACCCUUCCCAGAAUGCAUUGGCAUAAGUUCUUUAUGUUUUCCAAGGUAAAGUGUCAGAAAAAAUGCACACGGGUGCGGUUUUCAUUGCGUGACGGGGAUUCAGGCAUAUAUAGUAAACAAGAAUUACUGUGUAAUUAUUCUAAAAAAAAAAUGGAAAGCCUGAGGAAUUGUUUCCAAUGCAAUGCAUCCUGGGUAGCCCCUUCGAUGUUUGCAAUAAAUCAUAUAAUCAGCAUUAAUAAACACUCAGCGGUAUAUAGCUUGAGUUGAAUUUCCGUAUAUUGGCGAAGGGUUGGCCAAACCUUUCCGUAUAUUGGCGAAGGGUUGGCCAAACCUAUUCCGUAUAUUGGUUAAGAUAUAUAAAUGUAUUCAAUAAAAGCUAAGAAAUGCUG